AUGUUAUAAUGCCAUGGCUUCCGGCAUCGAUCUUAUAUUUUCAGCAGUAUGCAAUGCAAGCUUUUGCGAAAAUACAUACAACGAACCGCUAACUGGGUCUCGUUCGUCAUACAAGCAAAAUGAAAUGAGUCUGUCCCACGACCUUAACGGAAAAUUGUUAAGAAUUGGAACUUAUGAUAAUUAUCCAUUAAGCUGGACGAAGAAAGAAAGCAAUGGAACGAUCACGGGCCAUGGAGUCGCGUUCGCUAUCGUGGAAAUUUUGCGACAAAAGUUUAAUUUCACUUUCGAGGUUGUGGUCCCGGAGAACAAUUACGAAUUCGGCGGCGUCAGGCCAGAAAGUUCUCUGAUCAAUCUUGUUAAUAGUAGUAAGAUAGACAUGGCGGCAGCAUUUCUUACCCGACUGGUAAAGUUCAAUAAAAAGGCUACGUUCUCUAAUGAUUUGGAUGAAGGCGUGUGGAUGAUGAUGCUGAAACGACCCAAGGAAUCUGCCGCCGGCUCGGGCUUGCUCGCUCCAUUCGAAACAUAUGUCUGGUACCUUAUUCUAGUAGCAGUAGUAUGCUAUGGACCUUGCAUAACAUUUCUGACACGCAUAAGGUCCAAAUUAGUUCGAGAUAAAGAGCGACCCAUAAAUCUGUCAGAGAGUGUUUGGUUCGUGUAUGGAUCCUACAUCAAGCAAGGAACUAGUUUGUCACCGGAGGCUAAUACAACCCGUGUCCUAUUUGCAACUUGGUGGAUAUUCAUAAUACUGCUGUCUGCGUUCUACACAGCUAAUCUGACGGCUUUUCUGACACUUUCCAAGUUCACCUUGGACAUUGAAAGUCCUAAGGAUCUGUACAAGAAGAGCUAUCGAUGGAUCGCUGCUGAGGGAGGCGCUGUGCAGUAUACUAUAAAAAACCCCGACGAAGAACUAUAUUAUCUAAACAAAAUGGUAUCGAAUGGUCGAGCACAGUUUCGUUCGGUGAGCAAAGACGAAGAUUACCUUCCUAUCGUGCGCGCUGGAGCAGUUCUGGUGAAGGAGCAGACAGCGAUAGACCAUUUAAUGUACGGAGACUACCUGAAGAAAGCUAGAGAGGGUGUAAAUGAAGGCGACAGAUGCACCUAUGUUGUCGCACCACAGUUCUUCAUGAAGAAACAAAGAGCAUUCGCUUAUCCUAAUAAUACGACCUUGAAGGUACUCUUCGAUACUGUAAUUAGGGAUCUAUUGAAAGCUGGUAUAGUGAACUAUCUGCAGCACCGCGACCUGCCGUCAACCAAAAUAUGUCCCCUUGACUUGCAGUCGAAGGACCGCCAGCUCAGCAACAGCGACCUUAUGAUGACAUAUAUUAUAAUGGCGAUCGGACUGGCGACCGCGACCGCUGUAUUCAUAGGAGAGGUAUUCAUCAAGCGAUCGAAAUGUAUGAAUGCAAAUAGCAACAAAGACAAGGACAAUAAAAGAAAAAGGAAGAAAUCCAGAGUAAGGUUUGUUGAACAUAGCUACGAUGACAGUCGACCGCCUCCUUACGAUUCGCUUUUUGGCGGGAAACCUCAAUACAAGAUAACUGACAGGACGCAAAGGAAAGUAAUAAACGGAAGGGAAUAUUGCGUUUUCGAUACUGCUAAUGGUGGGACGAGGCUUAUACCUGUUCGCACUCCUUCUGCUUUUCUUUAUCAGUGA